AACGAUUGCAUUGCAUUUCCAGUUCGGAGGUUUCGUAUGGCUCAAAACACACGACAGAGGAGUACCAAACUUUCCGAAAACAGCAGGAAAACGGUCUCACACCAGCAGCUAUUCGUGAUACCUCGAUCUAGUAGCAAAAUACCCCCCAUUCAGAGUACGCAGAAGCUAUGCCGGCUACGACUGAAUUCACGGCCCAGUCCGUGAAUUCCAGCAGCCCAACACCCAACACCCAAAGACAAGAUUCUAUACAAGGCGCCUUUGUUGACAAUACUCAACACACAAUCUCUCACCCUGAAAUUGCCAAUGGCGAUCAGACGAGUACAAAUGAGCCCACAGAGAGCGACAGUUUGCCUAAAAAUGGCAGAACGAAACUCGAGACGACCCUAAUCAUGGGCGCGCUCUCAGUUUCCCUCUUCCUUUCUGCUCUCGACACGACCAUUAUAACUACUGCCGUUCCGACCAUUGUCACCCAUUUUAACUCUAGUAUCGGCUAUAUUUGGGUCGGCAGUGCGUAUCUGCUUGGAAACGCCGCCGUCGUGCCAGUCUGGGGAAAGAUUUCAGACAUCUUCGGUCGCAAGCAAACCUUGCUUGUCACGGUCAGUGUAUUCUUGUUUGGUUCACUUCUUUGCGCCAUUAGCCAGAGCAUGACUAUGCUCAUUACUGCCAGGGCUAUCCAGGGUGUUGGUGGCGGCGGUACCAUUCUGCUGCCCAACAUUUGCGUCUCUGAUCUCUUCCCCCUGCACAAGCGCGGCAUGUAUUUUGGUAUGCUCGGCAUGGUUUGGGCCAUGGCCUCAGCCCUGGGACCUGUCAUCGGUGGCAUCUUCACUAGCAGGGUCUCUUGGCGUUGGUGCUUCUACAUCAACCUUCCCUUUGGCGGCGUGGCUCUGGCGACUUUGACCUUCUUCCUCAAGCUCCACAAUCCUCGCACGCCCAUCAGACAGGGUCUUGCUGCCAUCGAUUGGAUUGGCAACCUGCUUGUCGUUGGCGGAACACUCAUGAUUCUCAUAGGCCUUCAGUUUGGUGGUAUUCAGUAUGCUUGGAAAUCCGCCACUAUCAUCUGCCUUCUCGUUUUUGGCGCCAUUACCAUUGCAAUUUUCUGCUUCUACGAGUCCAAAUUUGCGAAGUACCCCGUCAUUCCUCCCCGAAUUUUCUACUAUAGAAAUAGUAUCUCCGCUUACAGCUUGAGCGUUAUGCACGCCAUGGCUUUCCUGGGUGGAACCUACUGGCUGCCGAUGUAUUUCCAGUCUGUGCUUGGAGCUGAUUCUCUCAUGUCCGGAGUGUAUCUGCUGCCAUACGUCAUAUCCUCAUCCCUAGCCUCGAUAGGCGCCGGUGUCUUAAUCAAGAAGACUGGCAACUUUCGCUUGCCCAUUGUCAUUGGUCUGUUCGUCAUGACCAUCGGCCUAGGUCUCUUGACCUAUCUUGACGUUGAGCCGCACUGGGACAGAAUUAUCCUAUUCCAGAUUAUUGCCGGAAUCGGGUCUGCUCCCAACUUCCAGGCGCCUCUCAUUGCCAUCCAGACAAAUAUUGAACCUCGUGAUAUUGGCGUCGCGACCUCCAGCUUCUCCUUCGCUCGUCAAAUCGGCACGUCCAUCUCCGUCACCAUUGGCGGCGUCGUUUUCAACAAUGUCAUGGCCUCACAGCGAGACCACCUAGCGUCCGUCUUAGGCCAGCAGCUGGCCGAGGAAUUCAGCGGCCAGGAAGCUUCCGCCAGCAUCCAGAAGAUUAACGACCUUCCUAUGGAUCAAAUCCAGACGGUUAGGACGGCAUACUGGAAUGCGCUUCAAAAAAUGUUUAUUCUGUACGCUUGCGUCAGCUUUACCGGCUUGGCUAUUAGCCUCUGGAUCAAGCAAACUACGUUAGCUAAGGAACAUACAGAACACAAGACUGGGCUUCAGUCGCUCAAGAUGGAAGACCGCCAAAGGAAUAAAAAACCGGACGAGGAACGCCUUGCUCAGGUGAAAAGCGCCAACGGCAAUAAGUAAAGACGACAGCGGCGCAUUUUGCAAUUUCAUCGGAUGAACACAUCAACCUUGAUCGGCUUGAAGGACAAUUAAAAGGCUUAUUUUAUCACGACCCGCUAUAUCCAAGGGAUGGUCUUAAUUCUUCGAUAUAUCGCACGUAUUUAACAUGACGACGGAGUUCGGGAGUUUACUGAACAUCCGCACUAUUCAACACUAUAAAAGAUAGUUCUGACACCGAUGAUAUCAACUAUAAUCAAUUAAUAUACUUCGCAUUAUUAUUCUA